AUGAUUGAACCCUUCCAGACAACCUUCGCGGUCCCGAUGACCUGCGAUGGCUGCGUCAAGGAUAUCUCCUCGUCCCUGAAAAAGGUCGAAGGAGUCAACAAAGUCGAAGCGGAUCUCAAGGGUCAGCUCGUAUUCAUCGAAGGCACCGCGGCGCCGAGCUCCAUCGUCACCGCCAUCCAGGCUACGGGUCGAGAUGCGAUUCUACGGGGCAGUGGAACAUCCAAUAGCUCCGCCGUGUGCAUCCUCGAAACCCAUUCGACCACGGUCUCCAAUAAGAUCCGCGGACUGGCGCGCAUGGUGCAAGUGUCUCCGAGCAUGACUCUGGUGGAUCUGACCAUCAACGGACUGGCGCCGGGACAGUACUGGGCCACCGUGCGACAGGCGGGGGACAUCUCCCAGGGCGCGACCUCCACGGGCGGGAUCUGGGAGGCGCUGAAGUCGACGGUGCUGGGGACGGAGACGACGGCGGUCAAGGAGCCUCGCGGGGUGUUUGGGCGAGUGGAUGUGGACGCCCAGGGACGCGGAAACGUGUUUCUGGACCGACCGGUGGCCAUCUGGGAGAUGAUUGGGCGCAGUAUGGUGGUGUCGAAGUCGAAGGAUGGGCCAUUCCGCAAGGACGACGCGGAUACGCUGGUUGGAGUGAUCGCUCGCAGUGCGGGCGUGUGGGACAAUGAUAAGAUGGUGUGCUCCUGCUCGGGCAAGAAUGUGUGGCAGGAGCGCCAGGAACAGGUGGCCCAGGGAAUGGCGUAA